AAAAUAAACGUCAUCAUUCCGCGUUCCCGAACAACAUGGCUGCCCAAAUGACAGAUAGAUGAGCCUCUCGUCAGACAAACGUUGUUUUGGAAAAGUAAAGGGCUGCUGAUCGGACUUUCAUCUCACUCUAAUAACGUUUAAUUAAUUACUUUCCCAAAAUUUUAUGUUAUAAAAUGAAGUCGGACGCAGAGGAAUUAAUGCCGAGGCAACUGCCUGUUGAGUUUGAAGACACAACUGAGGACCUGGACCUGAACGGACCCCCGAGGAACCCCCGAGAGUACCUGCGACAGGUUCAGUAAGUCCUCUGAAAACGCACGUUUCUCGAUGUUUUGGACAUCGAAAUACAUGUCAGUUGAAAUAUCUGUCAAGGACUAUGCUGGACUGCACUGAUGCUGAAUUUUUCCAAAACAAUGAUAGAAAGUAGCCUCCUAAAUAUAUCAACGUUUAGAAAACGAUCUUUGGUGGCCUCCAAUCACAACAUAUUUACAGUUUCACCUCAUAAAUCCACUAACUAAAUAAUUACACAGAACUUUUCUUCCUGUUGAGCUUUUCCAGGUCUCAUGUGAGUCUCUGAUGUGCUUCUUUAUCAGACUGGAGGCCUCGCUCUGUCCAGAGGUGGUGGUUGCACAGAUCGACCCCAGGAAACUGAAGAAGAAACAGACAGUGAAUGCAUCUGUGAGUCAACAUGAAACAUAUUGAAACAUAACUCUGCUAAACAGAUGCCUGGGAAGUCCUCUGAUGUCUUAUGUACUUUUUAAAGAGGUGUUUUUCAUCAUGAAAACUCCUUCAUGGUAUGGGUUUACCGAGAGUUGUGUAAUAAUGCAAUAUAAAUGCAAUCACUUAAAGUAAAAGGACAAGUUACACUAAUCUACCUGUUUUUUUUUAUACAAAUCCAAUCCUGUCACUACUUUAAAAGUUUUGCUUACAUGAAGCGUGGGGGCUCCUGUACAACAUUGGCAUAUAUGAGACGAGUCAGAUUUAAAGGAUUUGUUUUGAGUCACGAAUCCCCUAUUAACCAUGCCUGUGUGUUUCAGGUGGCAGGUUGCCAUGCUGCUCCUGUAGGUUUCUCUCCAAGUCUUGGUUGGCAGCAGAAUCAAGUCAGUAACUUCUCGGAUGUCAGACAGGUAAAAAAAACACAUACACACACACACACACACACACACACACACACACACACACACACACACACACACACACACACACACACACACACACACACACACACACACACACACAAGUAAACAACUUCUCUAUUAGUACAAAGUAAUCCUUGAUAAAUGUUGAAAAAAUGUAAUUUAAUUGUUAAAAAUUUUAAUUGUUUUUACUGAAAACAGGGAUGCUUUUUUUCUAUUGUUGGCAAUCAGAUUGUUAGCUGUCCUGUUAACCCAAAUCAUCAAAUAAAAAAUGUUUAAGGUAACUCAAAUAACUUGGAAAAUAGGAGGCCCUGAAGACCCAGAUACCACUCCAGAAAAAGGACCCCUGUUGCUCACCCUAUCAGCAACAGUUGUCAGUGCUUAUCCUGGGUCUCUGGGUCUCACAGCCAUGCAGUGCUCUCUGAUGGUGAAUGUAGGAGUAUAUAGAUGAAAACAAAAACAUUUACUCUCAAAACUGAUUUGAGAAAAAAAACAUUUCUUUUGAGAUCAGGUUUUGUAAAUGCAUACAAACUCUAGAGAGUGUUUAUCGUAAAAUCUGUUUGCUCAGACUGCUUAUGGGUUCUGCUUUUUGCUUUCAGAGCAUCACAAAGAACAGAAAACACUGGAGCAGCCAGACUCUGGAUGAUAAUGUGCUUCUGGUGAGGAGAACGAUGGUUACAACAAAGUUACACAAUUUCUUAGAAUUGUCUUAUUUUUACAUUAGAGUGUAUGUGUGUGUGUGUUUGAACAGCCAAAGUUAACAGAUGAAGACAGUUGGAAACGGUUUUGUUUAGGAGAGUCAGUCCUUCUGGGUGCUUCAUCAGACCGCACAGAUACUGAACCAGAACCAGCUCUGGACUACAGCAAGGUAUGAAAGUAAAGGGUUAAUUUAUCUAAUCAGGACAUUAAUUGUUUGAUUACUUCUUAGACUAGCUAAGAAGUAAUCAAACAAUUAAUGUAUUUAUAAUCAAGGGACAAUCAUCUUAAAUUGAUACGGAGUUGGAAAAAUACUAAGGUAACUAAAAAGUUAACCUAGUUUUUCAUGAUAAGUGUUAUUCUCUGUGUUUUGAUGUGUGUCAGCAGUUUGGCUUCCCUCCCCUCCUCAGUAUAGUCAGCAGACUGAAUCAGGUACACAAACAAACACACAGUCAGACAUGGAGCUCACUUUGAGCUAGUUUAGUAGUCUGGUUUUAUUUUUCUUACAUGUGUGCUUUAGUCUACAGUGCUGAUGGUGUUGGAAAUUCUUAUCGGUUGGUUUGAAGAACACGAGUUCACUCCUCAGCUUGUGAGUAAUCUAUGAUGUAUUGUCUUUAAAAGUAUGAAAGGUGGCCUUUAAGUCAUUUACACAAUAAAUUAGAUGUUAUAUUAUUUUUGCUGACUUACUGUUUGGUGCACGUCACAGGGUCGCUGGCUGUAUUCUCUGUUGGCAUGCUUGGAGAAGCCUCUGUUGCCUGAAGCCCACUCCUCCAUCAGGCAGCUGGCCAGGAGAUGUGCUCAGCUCCGCAGUACACUGGUAUAACUUAGUCUGUCCCUCUGUCCAACAGACUUUUCUUCUGCUGUCCUCUGUGCAGGAGCAAUACAACAGGCUGUCUUUGUUGUAGCACAGAGCUCCUGUGGGGAAUUUUCAGCUGGUUGUGAAACUGACUUAAAUUCAUACUGAUAUGACUUUGAGCUUCAAACGCAAACAAGCCAAUCAGGGAGGAUUAUUUCUAUAAAUUCAGAUGAAGUCAAAGAGGUCUUUUCAAACAUUGUACAAAAACAAUAUAUGUGUUCUGCAUUUUCACAGGAGAGUCCAGAGAAUGAGAAACUGCCUCCCCUCAAUCUGCUUAUCUGCCUGGUUGCAAGGUAUCUAUCUAAAGAGAGUGCUAAUUCCAUCAUAUUAGAAUUUAAAUUACACAGUAUAUUAAACAUUUACACCAUACUGAUUUCUCUUCUUUAUCCUCCUGCAGAUACUUUGAGCAGAAUGACCUAGCAGACCAGCCAGAAUGAGCAUCAAGAAAGACAAGAUCUUUUGUUUACCUUCUUACUGACUGGAUGCUCGGCAGUCAAGGGACAAGAAACUUUUGUGGGAAUCUGUGCCUACCAAAGUGGAGGGAACUGAACAUUUCUCAGGAGAGUGCAGUGAAAACAACCACUUGAGGGGGAUGUGGGCACACUCUGCAAUGAAGAUUGUAGGAAAAAUUAUGGGGGCUGGAUCGAGAAACUAUGUCCUAUUGUUUCUAGGCACUGGGCAUUUUGAGUUCAACUGAUGUAACAAGAAACAGCCAAAGUGAUGAUGGUUUUGUCCAAACAUUUUUUGUACAGUUAGACUACAUAAUUUUUCUAUUAAACAAUUUCCUGAACUGCU